CAUGACGUGGACCUCUUUGACUCCCCCGAGCCCUGCUGCUCCGCUCAGAAAUCUAUUGACAAGCUGUCUUCGCUAGUCUAUCCAAGCUUAGAGUCGAAUCUAGAACUACCUCACUCGCCCACGUACUGUAUUAUCGAAAGGCUUCAGAGCAAGUUGUGAUAUCCGCUUCAGGGAAAGACCAGCGAGCGUCGAAAAAAGGCUCUGACACGACCCAUUUUCCUUACACCUCAGUCCAACAUGGCGUCCACAGACUUGGAGAGAGAUCCAUUCUAUGUCCGAUACUACACCGGGCAUCAAGGAAUGCAUGGCCACGAGUUUCUGGAAUUCGAAUACGCUCAUGGCCGUAUCAGAUACGCCAACAACUCAAAUUACAGGAACGACUCGCUGAUCAGGAAAGAGAUGUAUGUCUCUGCGACCGUUGCUGAGGAGUUGAAGAGAAUCAUCCGGGAGAGCGAGAUAACAAAGGAAGACGACGCUUCUUGGCCGAAGAAGAACAUCGUAGGAAGGCAAGAGCUGGAAGUGCGAGUCGACAAGGAUCACAUAUCGUUCGAGACCGCCAAGAUUGGGUCUCUGGCAGAUGUCAAUGAGAGCUCUGAUGCGGAAGGCUUGCGGGUGUUCUACUAUUUGGUCCAGGACUUGAAGUGCUUCAUCUUCUCCCUGGUAUCCCUUCAUUUCAAGAUCAAGCCCAUCCAAGUUUGAUCACCUCCCGAGGUGGAACAGUUCAAAAGGGUGCCCCAUAUGGGUCAGAGCGAAUCAUAUGCAUGAUUGUAUAGUAGAUGUGCUUGAUCUCCCGACCCAGAUCAUCCGUACAAGUCUGAGACUGAGUUGAUCACUCAGCAAUGCUCGCUGUGAUGACCCAAGGGCCCCAACAUGAUCUUGCCUUCAUAUGUAUCUAUUGGAAAAUGUCGCCCCCAGCGGAAUUCUUCGGGUGGACCGGAACAAGGUCGAUUUUGGGAACAAUUCGCAUUUCCUUCUCCUUUUUUUGCCGUCC